AUGUCGGUCCCCACCUCCAGACCCUGCCUUCCUUACCUGCUGCUGGCUCUGCUGUUGGGACUCACAGGUAUGGCAGGUGAGACGGAGCUGCAGGUGAUCCAGCCUGAGAAGUCAGUGUCUGUCACAGCUGGACAGACAGCUAUUCUGCGCUGCACCCUGACUUUCCUGCUCCCCAGUGGGCCGGUUGAGUGGUUCAGGGGAACAGGGCCAGCCCGGGAGUUAAUCUUCAGUUUCAGAAGAGGCCACUACCCCCGAGUGACAAAUGUUUCAGACACCACAAAGAGAAACAACUUGGACUUUUCCAUCCGCAUCAGUAACAUCACCCCAGCAGACAGCGGAACCUACUACUGUGUGAAGUUCCAGAAAGGGGCCCCUGAUGUGGAGUUUAAGUCUGGACCAGGCACUCAACUCAUAGUGAGCGCCAAACCCUCUCCCCCCGUGGUGUCGGGUCCCACAGCCAGGGCCUUGCCAGACCAGACCAUCAACUUCAUCUGCAAGUCCCACGGCUUCUCCCCCAGAAGUAUCACCCUGAGAUGGUUCAAAAACGGGAAUGAGCUGGCAGCCCUCCAGACCACCGUGGACCCGGAGGGAAACAGCACUUCUUACAGCAUCUCCAGCACAACCAGGCUGGUGCUGACCCCAGGGGACUUUCGCUCCCAGGUCAUCUGCGAGGUGACCCACGUGACCCUGCAGGGGGGCUCUCCUCUUCGUGGGACUGCCAACUUUUCUGAGGUCCUCCGAGUUCCACCCAUCUUGGUGGUUUCCCAGCAGUGCACUGCAGAGAACCAGGUGAAGAUCACUUGCCAAGCAAUGAAGUUCUACCCCCAGCGCCUACAGCUGACCUGGUUGGAGAACGGAAACGUGUCCCGAACAGAAACGACCUCAAGCAUCACAGAGAACAAGGAUGGGAUCUUUAACUGGAUUAGCUGGCUUCUGGUGAAUUUAUCUGCCCUCACAGAGGAGAUGGUGCUCACCUGCAAGGUGAAGCAUAAUGGCCAGUGGGUGGUCACCAAAAGCCAUAUACUGGAGACCUCUGCCCACCAAAAAGACCAGUGUACAGAUGGAAAUUCUGACCCAGAGCUGUCUACGCCACUCCUGGUGGCUGUCACUCUGGGCCCAAAGCUGCUGCUGCUCAUCAUUGUCUCUGCCAUCUAUGCCCACAGGAAGAGAAGAUCUGACUCAAGUUCCCCUGUUUAUAUAGCAUCUACUAUGCUCCAGGCCAUUCUCUUAUCCUGA